CAUGGCUAGAUCGCCAGUAAAACGCUUUGACAAUCAGCAGUCAGUUGCUGAGCGUGAACGCGCGCGUGUGAUGAUCAUUUGGCGUGCAAAAAAAAAAAAAAAACAAUAUAAAAACACAAGCGAACUGUUACGAUAUUAAUAACAAAGCAGCGGUCAAAAGUUGAAAAGCACAACAGCAAAAUAAAUAACACCGUAAAAGAAAACAAGGAAGUGGGUGAAAUGUGUAAUAUUGAAAAGUGAGAAAUGGAAAGGAUUUUGAAAGCUAACAAGAAAUGUCAAAAUGAGUACGUAAACUAGAAAGUGAAUUGUGCUUGGUUAAAAAAUUGAUAAUAGUUACAAAAACAAAAAUAAAUAAAUAAAAGUAUUUAAUAACAAAUGACAUUUUAAAGAUAACCUAAAGUUAGCGAACGCAAGUAUACGUGCAUACAUAUACAUAUGUAUGUACACGCAUAAAAAUUUCACAAUCAUCAAUGACAACAAAAAAUGUGUUAUGAAUGAAAACUUUUAAAAAUAAAAAACAAAAAAAAAAUGUGCAUUAAUUUUUUCAAAUAUAUUUUUUAAAUUGACUAACUUGAACGUGACACGCCACUAGCAAAACACUCACGAUAGCCAACAAACAAAAACUCCAACAAAAAAUUUAUUAAUCGGGUUUGCUUUCCAAAAAACGUAUGAACGAAAUGAUAAAGUGGAAAAUAUUGAACUCAUUGAAGACAAAAAAUAUUAAAGACAAACACAAAAAAACCUAAGCUGAUAAUUACCUCAAGUGAAUGCUGAUUGCUUAUUGCUAAAACGUGAAACAAAAACAAAGAUUAGAAAUAAAAGCAGUCAAAAAGAAAAACAACUCAAAUCGCAGUGGAAAUCUAUCCAAUUUAUUGCACGGCACCAAAAAAAAAAUAUAGCCUAAUUACCGCUUGAAAAAAGCAAACAACAGAAAACGGAUCAGCUGCUACGAAGAUUGAUUUUUAUAACCGAUAGUAAAACCAAACCAAAGUAAACAUAAAAAUUGGGGAAAAAAGCGCAAAGCAUUCACCUGACAGCUGGCACGAACAGCACAAAAUUUGCGCGCAACAUCUCUCUUCCAACACCACCGCUACAAUUCAGCCUCGCCAACAUGCGCGCCUUCCAGCGUGGCUUCUUCUGCGCCGAUCUUUCGCUGCGUUACCCCUAUCGUGAGUGCACCAUCACCAUACCCAUGCUGCUGAUCUACACGCUCCUCCUGCCGAUGCUCUUCAUCUGCGUCGUCGAGAUAAUGCGCAUCUGCAAGUGUUUCCGUCUGCGCAAAUACGUAACUAAUUUGGCGCGCAGCUUAGCCACCUUCAGUUUCGGCUUCAUCGCCACCUAUCUGACCACAGAGUUGGCGAAAAAUGUUGUUGGACGCCUGCGUCCACAUUUCUACACUGCCUGCCAACCGCGCUUGGCCGACGGCACCUCAUGUGAGAGCGCCUACCAGCAGUUGGUGGGUGGCGGCGUCUAUGUAGAACAUUACUAUUGCUCGAAUCGUAAUUUGAGCGCGCGGCAGCUGCGUGAACUGCAUGUGUCCUUUCCGAGCGCGCAUUCAUCACUUUCGUUCUAUGCCAUGCUUUUGCUCUGCUUCUAUUUGCAUGCUGUGUGGCGCGGGCGUGGCACUACGCGCGUGCUGCGCCACAUACUACAGUUCCUGUUGCUGUUGGUGGCUUGCUAUAUAGCGCUGAGCCGCGUGCGUGACUACUGGCAUCACUGGUCGGAUGUGCUGGCGGGCGCGCUACUAGGCUUAGUGUAUGCCGUCUUGACAGCGGUCUAUGUGGGACGUAUGCUGAGGCCGACAUUUACGGAAGCGGCAGCACAGAAGCACAAGAAGCAUGCACAGCAUCAGUACAAGGUGACAAAACAUCAUCAGCACCAUCACCAUCAGCUGACGUCGUCACAACACCAUCUGACGCCGCAUGAUGCGCGCAGUCGCAUGUUGCUGGUGGCGGCUAGUGGCAGUGUCAGCAACUUGCAGCAGCAACAAUUGCUGUCGACGACACACGAGGAGCACGAGAAGCAACAGUUGCACGAACAAGUGGCGAAGGAGCAUUUAAUGGAGCGUGGCGGCAUAGGCGGCGGUGGCGGUGGGGAUUGUGAAUGGAAGCUGCAGGCAGUUGUGUUGCCGACGUAAUUGCAAGCAAAAGCGCCAUGGAAGAGGGAGCAGUAAUAAGGAAGGAGCGCAACAGUGAAUUUAACAGCGGAACAAAUCUGUAAACACUUCACAUGUCGGCAAGUAUUGUGAUAAGAGCGGAGGAACGCCCCCACAGCGCAGGCUGUGGUUUGCAUAGUAAGAGGGGCUGCACAGAUACUUAGUUGAUGUAAAAGUUGCGCGCGGAAGGUUUAAAUUAAAUUUUGUAUCAAUUGCAAUAAUAAGAAAGAAAUCAAAAAUAUAUUCUCAGGGCUUGGAAAUCAUAUUUCGAUAACACUUUUUCGAAAAUCGUCGUAGAUAAUAGCAAAACUUUCUAAUAAAAAAACAAACUAAGGCAUAUUUAUAUUUAUUUGCUAAGAGUUACCGUGAGAAAAGAUUUUCAAAUAAGGGAGUGUAUGACCCCUUUCCACAAAAGAGGCUUUCAACACUUACAGAUAAGCGUCAAAGCAAACGCGCGCAGUUUUUUUCGAGAGAAAUGCUUUGCGCGCUGCUACCCCUCCUGAGCUACGCCCAUGAGCACUACACGCAAAUUACGUUUGCAUGCCUGAAACCCAAAAGCACACAUGAAAUUUGCAACAAAAGCACAAAACAACAACAACAACAAGCCAGCACCAAUAAUAGCCUUCAGUACCUGUAUAUAAUUAUCGGCCAACCAACCAACUAAGCAAGCAACCGAAAAAAGUGAUUUUAGCAAAAGGCAAAAAUUCACUAUUGUGCAACAAAAAGUGGCUAAAUCUGAAAGCACCAAAAGGCAUUGCUAUUUUCUCAGCUGCCGUUGUGUCGGCCGUUUUGGUAGUAAAUACAUGUGCAUCAAUAUGGCAACAUCAGUAAGCCUGACAGCGCUAGAGCUGUAGUAGCGGCUGCCGCAUGCCUUUACUACACACAAACAUAGUUGCAUGCCACAAAUGAACACAACAGCGGGCGACUUGAUGGCAGUGAGUCACCAAUAACAGCUUGAAAGCUAAUACAUUUAUAUGAAGAACAUAUGUGUGUGUGUAUGUAUGUAUGUAUGUAUGCAUGUACAUGAGUUCAUGUGUUGAUGUACUUUAGCGCUGUUGGAGUUUGUUCCCCUUUGGAUGUGGUGCAACAACAAGAAAAAGCAACGGCUACUGCAUGAAAAUGUAAAGAAAAUGACAUAAGCAAAAAGCAAUAAGGAACAAAAGUAGCACCAGCUAGAAAAAAUGCAUUUAUAAGCAGCAAUAACAACAACGAUAUCAGUAGCAGCUAAAAAGCGUCAGCGCUCAACGGCAGCGAAAAUGAAAGACAAAAACGUAGAUUUGUAAUAGUUAAUAUAUUCCUUUACAUGUUUGUAUGUAUGUAUCAAAUGUAAUGUUGUAUGAAAUAUUGUAGAAAUGAGGCAGCUGCCAAAGAGCAGCUUUAUAGUGAAUAUUCGUAUAUUUGUAUAUGGGGAUGUCUGAUUGUAUGCAUUCCACUUUGCGUCUAAGCAGCUCAUUUUGUACACACUCCACAUACACACGCACACCCACAACCCAAUCAAUCAAUCGACUCAUCAAUGCGAACAUAUAAAUUUAAAUGAAUUAUAUCCUCAUAACUUUUACGUCAAACUACUUAAGUACCAUGAUUUCCUCCUAGACAUACAUAUUUAUACACAUAUACACAAGAAAAUGAGCAUAUAUAUGUAAAUUAAGUAUGUAAAAAUUUAUGAAAAAAAUUGGUAGGCUAAAAAAAUUCUUUUGCCGCAUGAAACAAUAAAAAUUUGUACUUACCUUUACUGAA